GCGUCGGAGGCGGUGUUGUGGGGCAGCCGCAGCCCCAGAGAUGGCAGUGAGCGAGAGGAGGGGGCUCUGCGGCGGGAGCCCAGCGCAAUGCGGAUGGGGAUGCUUGUCGCUGCUGGUGCUGAUGCUGGGCGGCUGCUCAGGCCGCAUCCACCGGCUGGCUCUCACAGGGGAGAAGCGAGCUGACAUCCAACUGAACAGCUUCGGAUUCUACACCAACGGUUCCCUAGAAGUGGAGCUGAGCCUGCUUCGCCUGGGCCGCCAAGAGACAGAAGAGAAGCAGCCGAAGGUGGGGUUCAGCCUGAGUCGAGUCCGAUCGGGCAGUAUCCACUCCUACUCGAGCCGGAACUCCCAGGAAUGCCCUCUGGAGAGGAACAGCAGCAACUUCUUGGUCCUUUUCCUCAUUGAUAUCAAGGACCUGCAGGUCCAAGUCCGGAAGUAUGGGGAGCAGAGGAAGUUGUUCAUCUCCCCUGGCCUCCUCCCUGAUGCCCCUGCCCAGUCAGACCUCCCGAAGCCAGAGCCACCAACUGGGGCCCCUAAGGAGAACAGUGAGACCCCUGCAGUCAAAGAGGAUCAGGCAAAGCCUGGAGCACCCCAAGUUUCAGGAGAGAAAAUUACCCCGGGGGUACACAGGCUCUCGACAGAGGGCCAGCCACAGAAGCAGCUGCCCACGCGGGACCCCAGCGGGAAAGAAGAAGAAUUGGUGUUGGGGCUGGGCCACCUCAACAACUCAUACAACUUCAGUUUUCACGUGGUGAUCGGCUCCAGGGCUGAGGAAGGCCAGUACAGCCUCAACUUCCACAACUGUUACAACUCCGAUCCUGGCAAGGAGAAGCCAUUCGACCUCACCGUGAUGAUCCGAGAGAAGAAUCCAGAAGGCUUCCUGUCGGCGGCGGAAAUCCCCCUCUUCAAGCUCUACCUGACCAUGUCCGCCUGCUUUCUGGCCGCAGGCAUCUUCUGGGUGUCUGUGCUCUGCAAGAAUACAUACAGUGUCUUUAAGAUCCACUGGCUCAUGGCAGCCCUGGCGUUCACCAAGAGCGUUUCCCUGCUUUUCCACAGCAUCAACUACUACUUCAUCAACAGCCAAGGCCACCCCAUCGAAGGCCUCGCCGUCAUGCACUAUAUCACACACUUGUUGAAAGGCGCCCUUCUCUUCAUCACUAUCGCCCUAAUCGGCUCAGGCUGGGCCUUUGUGAAGUACAUGCUGUCGGACAAGGAGAAGAAGAUUUUUGGAAUUGUGAUCCCCCUGCAGGUCCUGUCUAACGUGGCAUACAUUGUCAUUGAGUCCCGUGAGGAGGGUGCUAGUGACUAUGGACUCUGGAAGGAGAUCUUGUUUCUGGUGGAUCUCAUCUGCUGUGGUGCCAUCCUCUUCCCAGUCGUGUGGUCCAUCCGGCAUCUGCAGGACGCGUCUGGCACGGAUGGGAAGGUGGCAGUGAACCUGGCCAAGCUGAAGCUGUUCCGACAUUACUACAUCAUGGUCAUCUGCUAUAUCUACUUCACUCGCAUCAUCGCCAUCCUGCUGCGGGUGGCAGUGCCCUUCCAGUGGCAGUGGCUGUACCAGCUCCUGGUGGAGAGUUCCACGCUGGCCUUCUUCGUGCUCACCGGCUACAAGUUCCAGCCAGCUGGGGACAACCCUUACCUGCAGCUGCCGCAGGAGGAUGAGGAAGACGUGCAGAUGGAGCAAGUGAUGACGGACUCUGGGUUCCGGGAAGGCCUGUCUAAAGUCAACAAGACAGCCAGUGGCCGGGAGCUGUUGUGACUUCCCCGUGGUCAGCCAGCCACCCGCAGCCCGUCUGCACCCUGCACACCCACGUGUACAGGAAGCACUAGGGGCCCCAUGCUGACGAGGCACCCGGGGCGUGGGUCCCCAAGGAGCCUUUCAGGAGAAGAUGCCCCUCCCCAGCGCCGCAGCCUUGUCGGGGACACUUAGGUCUCUUUCAGCACAAUAAGGACUGCUCUUUGUUUCCCAUUUCUUAAGUUCCUUGAUGUUGAGGGGUUUGAGUGCCUAAGGCAAGCUGCAUUUACGAUCUGGAAUCCUGGAUUCUCAGGCUGUGUGGUGGCACACAUCUGUCACCCUUUUGCUCUGGGGAUCCUCAUGAAACUUUGGACCAGUCAGUAAACAGAUAAAAAUAAAGAGAAAGCGGAAUUCACAGUGA